AUGCUUAAUUGCUUCCCUCCGUUGCAUCGUGGUGGAAAUGGCCAGGCACGAUCGCCUUACUUUCCAAAGUUCAUGCAACUUCCGCUAGAGCUAAGAGAGUACGUAUAUGGACAUCAUAUUAUGAAUUGCGGUGCGGAAUAUGGAAAGAAAUAUGGAGAUACUUUACUACCUCAUUGGAAAUACCAAAAAGUUAUUACUUAUCUCUCCUGCAAAGGUCCAUAUGUGCCCUGCAAGGAUGCGUUGUUAUUUGUGAGCCGCGCCAUCUCAGCAGAGUAUGGAGAAACAUUAGCUCGUUACUGUCAAACGGCGCGAGUACAGCUAGGGUUCUUUCGCUAUGGACGAUUAUGCGAGAGAGAGGCGAGAGGGGCUAGAGAGGCUAUCGCAGAUCUGAUUGGAACAGGUGAUCCUACUUCGAUAGUCACGAGCAAGAUACGCAGAGUCGAGUUGGUUCUACACGCACAAACUGAGUUCACGGAAGGGGAGACAGAGGCCGUUCUUAGCGGAGUUUUUGACCUUUUACAACAUUUCAAGAACAUGGAGCGAGUAUACAUCUGGUUCAAAGAUGAAAAUUCUGCGCCAGUCAGUCCAGAAGAAAAAGCGAAACUUCGAGUAGAAAAAGCGAAGCAGUUACAACGUCGCGUCCAGAAGAUGGUCAAUAACGUGAGACAACUGGACAAAAUAAAGGAUUUUUGGGUGUCGUGGCAACAUGGUGGUCUCCACAGUGGUCUCCACGAAAGUUCAUGGCAAUGUCGAAAAGAUUCUCAGAGUUGUUGGGAAAAGCUGAAUAAUGAUGGUGGUCGGGAGGGCCCAUGGUCUGCACGCACACCGUCGUCCUGGGUCUACUGGAACAAGUGGUAUUGCAAGACGUGUGAAAGGUUCCGGAAAGCAAAGGAUGUCCCGUUUCGCCUUGAGUGUGGACAUGAUGAGCUGAAGAUCAGAUCUAUGAGAGCCGAUUGCUACGACAGGCUCAAGUCCGGGCUGAGAAGGGUUGUAGGCUCACAUGAGUAG